GUACGACAAUUACACUAAUUAAAUUACCUACUGUCAAUUAACAACCCAUACCAAUGGUGUUGAAUUAUAGGUAGGUAGGCCUUGUGUUCAAUUUUACUUGAAUCCUUCGAUUAUACAUUCACAAUCGCCUAGUGUAUUUGCAGACAUAAUGAGAUAAUAUGGUGCGUUACUGCUUUCCCAGUCAUUCGGUUUACACUAGACACGCCGGACGGAUUAGUUCCAAUAUAGCAUUGUCAUAAGUCUCCAUAGAGACGUAAUUAUGAUUUCCUAUAUUACAAUGUUGAUCGUUUCAAUAAUCGUUUUUCUUUGUGCCAAAGACACUGUUGGUCGGUCAAAAUCACAUUUUGUGACAAGAUCUUCUUCAAUAAUAAAUGGUAAGUUUCAUUAAUUUUAAAUACCAUAAUGUAAUAAACGCACAUGAUUUUAAAGUUUGAGUUUUUUACAUUGAUAUUUGAUAAUAUAAUAUUGAAAUAUUUUACGUAAUAUUUUAUAAUCUAGUUGUUAUAUUAUUAUUAUACAAGCUAUAAAUAACGCGUUUCCCCGUUUCUACCCCGUUCCUAUCACAGUUAAACGUUUCAGUUGCCCGGUAAUUUAUUUAUUUUUAAUGGGUACUUGUUUGCUAUGAUAACUGAAUUAACAAAUAAUAAAUGUUUUUUUUUUUUCAUCCGUGUCGCCAAAGAAACGCACCAAUCAAUAAAAAUAAUUCCAAUGUUCGUUCCCAUAAAACUACCAAAAACCCCGUUUGAUCAGCCACCCGUUUGUAGGAUACAUUUCGGGAUAAAAAGUAUCGUAUGUGCUAAUCCAGAACAUAUUCGAUCUAUAUGCCGAAUUUCAUCCGUUUUAGCAUGAUCGAGUCUCAAUUAUAUAUAAAUUUCCACAUUUAUAAUAUUAUAAAUUUUGUAUUAUAUAUAUUAUUACGUAGUAGGAUUAUUGCGAAAAUACGUUAUGCGUACUGUACGUUUUCUAUCAUAAUAUUUAAAAAAAUAUUUAAUUGUAAUUAACCAUAUAUUUUAUUUAUACACAUACAUAAUAGGAGCAUAUGCAGCUAUUUUGAUUUACGGUAUUGUCACAAAAAAAUGGUUUUGAAAUUAUAAAAUAUUUAAUACGGUAAUAAUGUUCAACCUACCUAGAGGAACCAAAUUACAUAUAAUAAUUAUGUACCUUCAUCACGACACUUCAAAUUUCAAUUUUAUUCAUUUUUUUUUUUUCACACACUAUAGGUAGAUAUACUUAUAAUUAUUUGUACGUGUUUGGGUAUAUAUAUUAAGUUCGGGUAAAAAUGCAGAUUAUAAAACGCAGUUACUUUGUGCUAUUAUAUACGUAUAUUUACGUAUACAAAUACACGUUAUUUUAUUAAAAUAAAUAAUAUAAUAAAUAGAAGUUAUGAAAAAAUAAUAUAAAUAUUAAAAGUACGUUAUUCACAAAUAAUAAUUUUUUCAAGAUAAAUAAUACUAAAAAUAUAAAAUUAAAAACUACUUUAUUAUAAAUUAAAUCUAGAAAUUCGGAAUUCAUUUUUAUUUUCGUUUGUAUUGGUUACAUAAAUGUUAUUAUCGAUUAAUAACACACUGUUUUUCCCUCUUAGAAAUCCAAAUUUCGAACUGUCAAGGAAAAUUAUAACAUUUGUUUAAUCAAAUUUAUCAUGAAUUGUUCAUGUAUACUUUAUAUUAUGUUUUAACUAUUAGAAUGAAUGCAAAAAUGUUUCAGAUUCGUGAUUUAUCAAUAUUCGCAAAUUUGUACGUUUCAAGGCUAAUAUAAAUUUAUCAAUAUUGAUUUUAUCUUUAUUAACUAUAGGAACUUAUUUGUUUCUUAAUACAUUCCGAUGAUUCACUUUCAUGCUCGGGACAUUUAGUAUUCAAAAUCCACAAUAUCACAUUAUACCUAUAUAUUAUAUUAUAUCGUAAUAUAUUUAAUUCGUAAGACUCUUAUGUUUUCAAUUUGUAGUAAACAAUUUUUAAAAAGCUGGAUUGUUCAGUGUCUUUAGUGUAUGCCUACUACAGUAAAGAAAUUUGACUGGGGCGACACUUUAAGGAGGUCAUUUUUCAAUUUUCUAAUGUGUUUUCAUAAUAAAUGGAAAAAAAUGGAAGGAAAAACGGGAAAAUUUACGAAAUGUAUUAUUUGUAAUUUGUAAAUAUUACAGACUUUCAAAUCUCCGCUCAGAAUUGUUUUUCGUUAGCAAUGAUUAAUCGUUACUUACAGAUAUACCUUCCCAACUUCUCACCUACAACAGUGGCCCACCCUUCGUGAUAAGUAUGUCAGUUUUUUUAAAAUUUUAUUUUUAAAAAUGAAAUAUUUCAUAAAUAUACAUUUCAUUCAGUUUCAGAACCUAUAUGUAAAUAAUAGUUUAAAGUGUCCAUAUUCUGCAAUCUACAUUUUUUCCAACCAUAUUUAAGUACCUCUCUGUGUUUCAUAUGACUAUUGUUUAACCCAACGUGUGUUCAGACUUACAGCCAGUGUUGAACCCAGUCAAAUUUUAUCCACCCUCUUACUAAGACCAGUUAAAUUUGUUUACAUAACUAUUUAACUAAUUAUUAAUUUACUUAUAUAUAACAUGGGGCAAACCUAAUUCCAGGGGGGCAAUUGCCUCCUCUGACAUGUACCUGAAUUCAACAUGGCUUACAGCUGUAUGAGGGAGCUGGUUUUUCUAUAGGUACAUAUGUAUGCGGUUUCAUAUUAUACACUUGUAAUCAAGGCCGUAUUCGAGGGGUAGUUUAGGGAGGGAGCAAUUGCCCUUUGGGUGGCAGUUUUUUUCAUCACUUUAAGGUAUAAGUUGCUUUAUUUUCUUUGUUUUUAUAAAAAUAAAAUAAUUGAAUUAAGUGUUUUUUUUUUAAAAUUUACUAAUAUUACCUAGAACAAAUUAUUAUAGAUGAGUAAAUGUUUUAAAGAAAAAGCAAAAAAGCAAAGUAACAAUUUUUCCAUGUAUUGAUGUGGCUUUACGGAAGUUUUUAUGUCAAACUGUUAAACUGAAAGGUUUACGUACUAGCUUCACACUACAUAAAUUUAGGAACUACUUAAAUUAUCCCUACAAAAGUUUUAUAUUAUACCAAAAUAAUUCAUAAUUUUGCAUUCAAGCAAUCGAGAAAAAAAAUAUAAUGGUGAUAAUUAUAAAUUUUUAAAAUUAAAUUUCACAUUAAAAUUAGAUAGGCGUGUUUUCAUACUUUGUUUUUAAUUUUAUAAUAAGAAAAUUGCCAUGUUUAAAUUGUGGGUAGGGGCUUAAAUUUCUCUGUUAAGCACAGUCGUCAAAAUCUUAAAAUAACAAUACUCUACAUAACUGUAUGAAAAUAUAAAACAUAUAAUAUUUAAUGGACAAUAGAAACAAUAGAAAAAUAUAUUACACGAAAAAAGCGAUUUAAUAAACAUUAAAUUAGUACUAUAACUCGCUUCAACACUGGGUAUAUUGGUGCGUGUAUGGUAUACAUUAGUAUUUUAAAUCCAAACACGUUAAUAAUAACUAUUGCCAAAUGAUGUUCGAAAAAAAAUCUAAAGCAUUUUUUCGUAAUAUUAUUUUGUAAUUUAUCGUAAUGAAUAAUUCGAAAAAUCUCCGUUACCAUUUAUGUUAUAAAGUAAACACAUAUUUUUUUUUCAAAACCAGAAGUCUAAUUACUUACUGUACUGUUAUGAUAUGUUAAUACGUUUAGACACUAUACCUACCUACCUAUAUGACAACAUAAUAUAGGUACUCAACUAAUAUCUUUAUUGUUUCGCUGUAGGAACAUGUUAAAAUGUUUCAUUGAUUAGAAAGGUUUGGUGUUUAAAUAAAAUAUUUGUAUCGAUCCAUAAUAUACGUUUUACGAUUGGCGGCUAUAAAUGGAUCUAAAUGGAUAAUAAAACGUCAAACUAAUAAUUAAGAAAAAUUAACCCAUUUACGCCCAAGUAAAGUUUAAUUUUUGUAUGUGUACAAAAUGUUACUAACGCGUAAUAAAGUUCGACUAUACAACGCAAAAUAAUAUCAUCGGGUCGAUUAUUAUAUUUUCCAACAGUCUAAAUCGAUAAUAUGGGGAAAAUUCUAAAAAUAAAACUGAUAACAAUAAUUAUUUCCGGUGUCAUACAUAUAGGCCACUGGGUUUAUGUGAGUUAAGAAAAAAAUAUACUAAUUUCAAAAUUGAAUUCCAAAAAGACGUAUGAACAACUACGACCUUUACAACUACUGUUGUAUUAUAUUUUAGUAGUACACAUUAUACGGAUGUGUAACUUGUGUAUCUAAUGUUUAUUAUACGCACAAGAACACUGCGUAGUAUUUGAAAUUUGAAACACUAUUUUAUUCAAAACAAAUUUUAAGUAUAUGACUGAGUAUAUACUUAUUGUAUUCCAUCAAAAUUAUAAUAUUUUUAAUAGGUAUACAAUUUAGUAACGUUUAAUUUUAAAUAGAUUUGAAACCGGUUAAACAAUCAAACUUCAAUUUGGUACAUGAAUAUGUAAUAUUAAAACAUUAUAUAAUGUAUAAAUUAAUAAAUUAAUUGAAAUUUCAACUUAAUAUUAUUAUUAUUUUAAGUAUAACUAUCAAAAUUAAAAAAAAAAAUUAGAGACGUGAUAUAAAAACGAAAUUUGACGACACGUGAAAGUCACAAAAUAAACAAAACAUGAGAUAAAAAUAUGAACAAUGCUUUAAGACAAUCCCAUAUUAGUAAUAACGCCACUGAAUAUUAUUAUGGUUAAUAUUUUAUUGAAAUAUCAAGUAUUUAAAAUUAAAAUUGAUUUUCAUCAACGAUAACAAUUUUAAACCCAAAAAUAUUCAAACUUAAAAAUUACAACAGUUUCAUAAAAUAAAAUCUGUGAAAAUGUCAAGUUUGUAGAAUUACUGUUUUUAGAAUUAUAAUAAAAUGUUCAUAGUUUAUUCUAUUAAAAACAACUCGUUAAUUAAUCAUAAUAAAAAAAAAAGUUAAAAAGUUAAUGUCAAUGUAAAUUAUUAAAUUAUAAUAUAUUCAAUAUACGUCCUUUUUCUUAAAUUAUAUUUUUAGCUAUAUUUUUCAACUAUUUAAUUUUGUGAAAGUAUUUCAGACAAUAUAUACUGCAGUUAUUGAUAUGAUCAUAAUGAUUCAUGCUAAUCAAAAAUUUUAAAUUAAAAUGUACGGUUAUUACGUUCUAUGCACUCGAGACACAGUGAUCAAUAAGUUUUCCUUCAUUCCUAUUUCUCGCGUGUGAUUAUCACAUUUUGGUUUCCACGAGGUCAUCACAUUCAGAGUCUCUCAGUUAUUUCCAUUCCUUGACACGGUCCUAUAUCGCCUAUGAUUUUGCACCCAUGACUGCAUUAGGGGUCAAUCGUUACAUAUCGAUUGGCAUGUGAUUACGACAUCGACUUAACUACCCACAGCGACAUUGAUGGGCGUUUCGCAUCAAUUGGUUCUAUUUGAUUUUCCAGACGAUUAUUUCGCGGACAAGGGACGACCUUUACGUAUAAAACUAUGAAACAUGUUCAUACAUGAUAAAUACAAUUUUUUUUUUUUCAAAAUGUUGAGUUAUUAUUAAUGCGAUACCCCUCACAAAACCAGUAAACCUAGGUGGAAAAUAUUCGUAUACAGAUGAAGAAAGAAGAAGAAAUGGGUAUAGUAAAUUUUAAAGUCUAAUUUUCUCGAAAUUUAAAAUUCUUAUUCUUUCUCAUUCAAUUAUUGUAGUUCAAUCUAAAUAACGGGCAACAUAACAUAAUUACUUUAGGUGCUAUUUGAAUUUUAAUUGUGGCAUCUCGGUUAAACGUUUAAUAUAAUUAUUUUACCAUACAACUUAACAUGAUUUGAAGAAAAGAAUAUUUUCGAGGACAAAGAUUGUUUCCAAAAUGUUAACAAAAAAAAAUAGUUACAGCUAUUUCAAAAAUCAAAAUCAUAGUUUCUAAUGUUCUGAUAAGCACUCAUAUUUUAAUACUAAUUUAAUAUUUAUAUUUAAGUAUAUAUGAUAUGCCAUACACGUUUAUAAAAUUAAAUAUUUACUAUUUUCAUAUAAAAAAAAAACCACUGGUUUAUUUUUAAUUCUUUAUGUAACUAAUAUGAUAAUUUAUCAUAAUUUAAUAUAUACCUAGUCUAUAAUUCCCUAGCUAUAUAAAAAAAAAUCGCAUCAUAUUUUAUAAAAAUAAAUAGAAAAAUCAUCUAUAAACGUAGAUGAUGUGAUCGAAUAUUUGGUGUUAAUAAUUUUGAUAUUUUGAAUAUUAUUUAAACUUAUUUGAAUUAUUAUCAUGGUAAUAUAUUGUUAUUUUGACGAUAUAUUUUUAUCGUAGGUACUAUAUAUUUUUUGGACUAUGGACGAGAUAAUAUUGUGAAUAAAAAAUUAAAAAAUGGAUUAUAUUAAUAUACUUAAUAAUAAUUUUAAAUAUUAUUCAAAAUGAAUAAGUACGUAUGACAUAUAUUGUCUAUACUUUUACACGUGAUUAUUAAUAAUUUUUUUUAGUAUUUUAUUAACAGCAGCAGCUGCAAAAGUGUAGUAGUAAGUAUGGAUAUUCCAAGUCUGUUUUUAAAUAUUUUAACAGUUAACAAAACUUUUACUUGUUUACUAGCCAUUGAUGAAUAUAUGUUUAAUUAAUCACACGCAUUUCUGAAAAUUCUAAAAACACAAAACAUUAUCUUUAAAGUACGAAUGUCGUUUAGUUUCAGCGCUAUAUUAUAACUAUACGAUUACGGUUCUAAAAUUGAAUAUUUGUAGUCCGUGCAAUCAUGUACCUGAAAUACUUAGCGAUAUAAUUGAUUUUGUCGAUCAUAUAAAUAAAAUAUACAAUAACCAUUUAAAUUUAAAAUACACUUCGAAUAAAUUCGAUUCACAUUGAUGAUUGAGCGAUUUUGCCACCUUCGUUUCACGCGGUACACUUCAAAAAUGUAAAUAAGUUAAAUAUUAACACAAUAAAUGAUAUGCAUAAUAUUAAGCUCUACACUAUCUAAUUUCAACGGCAUGAGUUUAAAUGAUGCAAUUAUACGUGUGUGAACCUAUAACAGAUGCGAGUUUUUGGAUGAACCGAGGCAUGUCCGAUCUAAGGAGUCGGGUUAAAACAUUAGAGAGUCCGAUAGUUGGCCAGGCGAAAAACAUUGUGUUCUUCUUGGGCGACGGCAUGUCUUUGGCUACGGUCACCGCCGCCAGAGUGCACAUGGAACAAACUUCCGGCAGGACGUUGCCAGAAAGUAACGGUUCGCUGACGUUUGAAAACUUUCCUUACACCGGAUUGGUCAGGGUAGGGUGUGUGCGCAAGUUGAACGGACUUGAUCUUAUUAUAACACUUCCCGUGUACUUCUGUUUUCCCCGCGUAGACGUAUUGCGUUGACAAACAGGUGGCUGAUUCGGCUUGCUCGUCGACUGCCUACAUGACUGGCGUCAAAGCGAAUUCAGGCACGCUAGGCGUGACGGGAGCCGUAAAAGAGAACGACUGUGAGGCGUCGUUGGACGCUAAAAACCGAGUAGACUCGAUAUUGCGUUGGGCUCAGAUGGCCGGGAAAUCCACCGGAAUCGUCACUACUACGAGGUAAGUGUUCGUGGAAAAUCAUUAUGUAACAACGGGGUACACGAGACGUCGGAAAAACAAGACGCGGCGUUAAUGUCGUCCCAAAAUGGGUCACCCCCCCCCCCCCUUCAUCCUAUGUAUUAAAUAUAUUAUAUAUAUAUAUAUAUAUAUAUAUAUACUUGUGUGUGUUAUUGAAACAUUUUACCGAAUAAUACGAGUCGAAAAUAUAAAUUUGAUUAUGUUUGGUAAUAAUAUUAUUUUGAUGAGUUCAAGAUCUUAUAUGUGUAUAUAUAUAUAUAUAUAGGCACGUAUUAUAAAUCUGUUCGAAACAUAAGGAACUACGCUGUUUUAACGAGAUUAUUAAGUAAAUACCAUAUUGAUGGCUAACUGAUGUUUACGUUCAAAUUAAAAAUGCAUCCUCGCGAUGUUUGUUUUUGUCGUUAACGCAGAGUCACGCACGCAUCACCGGCUGGCGGUUACGCUCAUUCGGCCAACAGAGGUUGGGAAAGCAGCGCGCCGAACGACUGUUUAGACAUUGCUCAACAGCUGAUGACUCAAUCUCCCGGAAUCGAUUUGGAUGUACAGAAAACAAAACGACGAAAGUCGGGAAAAUGGUUCGAAAAUGUCGAAUACAAUAUUUGGUACGAUUUUCAGGUGAUCCUGGGCGGAGGCAGACAAGAGUUUUUGCCGAAAAAUAUGAACGGCAACCGGGAGGACGGUCGGAAUCUUAUUGCCGAGUGGAAGGUGAACAUGAUGAAGGGCCAUCAAAGGUACGAUUAUGUGAGAAACAAAACCGAGCUCUUGAACGCGAAUCUGAGAAAUCUGGACAAACUGUUAGGUGACUACAGUAUAAUAUAUUGCGUAUAUAGGAACAGUGUCGUUCAAAUUGGAUUUCGUGUUGUUAUUAGUGGUGAACACAACCGAAUAGUUAUUAUCGGACUGUUCAAUCGAUGAUCACGUUUGAAAUGGUUUCUAGAAACGUUCACUAAUUUUCCCGAAUAGAACUAUUCGGUCGUGGAAAAAAAAAUUAUUCGAUAGUUUGUCAAAACUGACGAUAGUAUGAACUAUUCGGAAGUGCCCGUCACUAGUCGUUAUACUUUAUUUAUUAUACAAUAUUAAUACCUAUACGGUAAUAGUUGUUUGAAAUAAUAUAUUUAAAUGGUUAUAAUAUUAAAACGAUACGGAUGGGCGAUGGCCCAGAAGGAUUUCGAAGAAGAACAAAAUUAAGAAUAUGUAUGCAAUAACGUCAACGACUAUUACUGGUUUUGUACAAUUUGUCAUUAAAGGUCUGUUCUCCAUGAGCCAUAUGUCAUACACGGACACCAUGGAAGUGGAGAGGGACGAGCCGUCUCUCAGUGAAAUGACUGUGGCCGCCAUCGAGGUGUUACGGAAAAACAAAAACGGAUAUGUGCUGUUCAUCGAGGGAGGCCGAAUCGAUCAUGCACACCAUCAGAAUUUAGUAAGCAUCACUAAACACACUACACUAAUAGCAAGAUGAAUAUCAUUAUGUACAGGGUGUCCUCCGAAGAUGUACCCAUUGAAAUAUUCCCGGAAAAAUGCACAGUCAAUGUUAAUCGUAGUAAAAAUAACCAAUUAGAAAAUUCGAUUACAGCCUGCUGCACAAUUAUAAGUACUUUUCUCUGAACUUUAAACAAAUUAUUAAAUAUCACGAACUUAAUGAAAAUAAAAAGUUGAUACAUCAAAAUUUUCAAAAAUAUGAAUCCAAUAAAAUGGCUAUCUUUAAAUUUUUCAAAAAUAAAAGAAUAAAAAGUUUUUUUUAAAUUUUUUACGAAAGCAUACAAAAUUAAUUAUAAUAUACAUAUACGUAAUCUUUAUCCCUGUGAGUAAUAUAAAAAAAAAAAAAACAAACAUAAUUCGAUUAUCUCUAUUAUCUUCAGAGAUAUUUCAAUGUUUAUACUCGUGAGACACCUUGUGUUUAGAUACUUAUACAUUUCAUAAUAAUAAUACUCGUAUCAUUAAUAUUGGUUUUAUUGUACAUAGAUACACUUGUACAAAAAAAUAAUGCAUACGUAUUUUAAACUUGAUUUGUUUCGCCGUGUUUUUCCUGGUCAAUAAAUUUGUAUAUCUAAUACAAUUGAAUACAAAGCGUUUAUCAAAUAAUCAUACACUCCCCAACCCCCUGACCGUUCAGUAUUGGCCGCCCUCCCAUCAUACGAUUUUGAAAAUCGAACUAAAAGUUUAUUGCAGGGGAGCGAACGGGAACGGUCGGUCGCCACUGGUCGUAUGAUAUAAUUAUUAAUUCGACGACCAUUCGAAAAAUAGGAAAAGUUUUUAACGGCAAAAAACAUCGUAAUGAAUACACACAAAUGAUAAAAUAUAUAAUAAUAUAUACUCAUUUCAUGCAGGCGCACAUGGCAUUGAGCGAAACUAUUGCUUUUUCAAACGCCGUGAACGUGGCGGACACCAUGACGAAUCCGAAAAAUACGCUGAUCGUAGUCACGUCGGACCAUUCGCAUACAAUGACCAUUAACGGAUAUCCGUCCAGGACCGAUAAAAUCAUCGGGCACGUGGAACGCGGUGAAGAAAUCUAUUCGAUUCUGAGUUACGCCAACGGGCCGUCUGCCAAUAGCCACACGUACGAAAAACAAUCGUCCAAGUACGGUAAGUUGAAAUCAAUUUUCUGAUUUGUUGAGAUGGUUAAAGAUGAACCGGAAAAAAAAACGCCCGUGAACAGCAGAUCUAAAUUGUUAGAAUUGAAUUCCCCUCCAGCCGACUAUUUGCCAAUACAAUAUUUCAUUCAUUUUUUUUUUUUUUUUUGUUAAUUUAAAUAGUUAUAGUUGCCAGAGUUGCUCACAAAGUGAUAAUAUCAUAAUAAUAUAUACUUAAUUGAAUUCAUAUUCACUAGACGCCCAUUAACAACGCCUACCCCUCCCUCUGCCCUAUUUCAUGAUUUACUAUUCCGCACCUAUUUCAGUUGUAAAAAUAAACAUAUAUUCUUCCGGUAAUAAUAAAGAACCAAACAAAGUUGCAUUAAAAGAGAUAGGUUCUCGAGAUUUUUACCAACAUACGGUGUAAAUGGAGGUUCAAAUUUGAUCAUAAAAAUGGUUGUGUAGGGGAAAGAAAGUUGAAAUCCCCAAAAAGUACCAGUAACGUAUUUGAGACUUCUCCUUAGGGAGGGCGAUAUUAAGGGAGGUCAACCCUCACAAAAAAAAAUUGUAGAUAUUUGAUAGAAUAAAACACAUUAUUUCAUAAAAAACAAGAUCUGUAUUUCUGUUUUUAAUAUUUGCAAAUCGAUUAGUGAUGUCAACAAUAUUUAAUGGAAUUGAUUUAUGACUAAGCAAUGCCAAACCCGUUAAACGUUUUUUAAUCUUAUUAAUCUUUAUUAUUUUUGAUCUUAGCAAAAUAUUUUAAUUAUUAAUAAAAUAACAAAAGUAGCAGAUGUGACAAAUAUAAUAGUAUAUAAGUAAUGAUUAAAGUGAAUGAAUAAAGUAUUAAGUCAAAGAGUGGAUAUUGAAAAACUAAAUUAAGAAAUUAAUUGGAAAAUAAACUUAUUGCAAUACACGUCGGAAAAUCACAUCUUUUUUCGGAACUUUUUUUUUUUUAAUUGUUUUAGAAACAAUCACCUCUGUAAAACAUUAUAUCACCAUUAAUUUUUAAUACCCUUAUUUUUUUUAAAUGACUACUCACUUUUGAUUUUCAAAAGGAACUUAUAUUAAAAAUUCCAUACAUAUAUGAAAUAUAAAACUAAAUAAAAUUAAACUGUGCAUUUCUGCCCGCCCCAAAAAAAAAUUAUAUAUACACGCCACUGAAUUAAUGACAAUUGUUGAUUUAGUUAAAAAGGGCACAUUCUGGUGUAGCCCGAUAAAAAAUUGCAAACAAAUGUCCCCCCCAUCUAUAUACGAUAAGGACCAAACUAAUAUAUAUAUGUACUUAGGUAUUUUAUUACAUAAAUAUUAUUUGUUUACCGUCGGAUAUUUUUGUUAGGUGAUAAAUUCGCGCUAUACCCGUCGUUGGUGCCCAUGUCUCAGGAAUCGCACGGCGGAGAAGACGUGGCCGUGUGGGCCCGGGGGCCGUGGGCCCAUUUGUUCGUCGGGAGUUUCGAACAGAACGUGUUGCCGUUGAUCAUGUCGUACGCGUCGUGUAUAGGUCCCAACGAAGGAAAGUGCUCAAACAGAUAGAUAAUAUAACAAUAUUAUUAUUAUACAGAUACGCUGUACGUGAAUAUUUACUGUAUCCAAUUUAGGUUACGCGCAUUCACCAAUAAAUAAUUUUUUCCGUUUAAAACGUUAUGUUGUGUAAAACUUCUAACGGUUAUUUUGCGUUAAAUUUUUUUAAACUCGUGUGAUCGCCUCGAUCUGAUAAACGAUAAUUACGUAUGUAUAGGUAGUAUACCUCUGUAAGCUCAAAACAUAAUAUAAUAAUAUUGUACUGUACAUUGGUUUAGAAUAUAGAACUAGCGACCGUUGGCGUUAAUCACUUUUCAAAUACAUA